AUGGAAAAGUUCUCAGCUUUCCGGGAUCCAGGAACAGGCAUUCAGCCUUUCCUGAAACCUGUUCCUCCGUUAGGUUCAGAAACACUCGCAUAUCUUGCUCUUCCAUUUGGUUAUGUUGUAGGAGCAAUCAGGCUUUCACUGAUUGUAGUUCUUGGUCUCUUAUAUGCCCUAGUUGUCAGAGGUUUCUGUCCAGUGCUCAUCGUAGUGCCACCGUUAUACAGAUUGGUUACUCAAUUUUUGACUGCGUUGAUAUGCCGGCUUGUGUUGCUUCUGAUAGGUCUUUGGUGGAUACCGGUAGACGUGGUAGCACGAAAACGCGGGAGGAGUCAAAAAUUAUCCGAAGAUUGGAAUCCGCAAGCAGGAGAUAUCAUUGUCUCGAACUGGGUUUCGUUCGUAGAGAUUCUAUGGUUAGCCUUCCGAUUCAACCCCGUAUUUGUGCUCCCGAUUCGCUCAUCUGCGGACACGACCUCUCCAGCCUCUGAGUCCCUUGCGUCACCUGUUCGUACCCCUGGCCGACGCACCGGUACUGGCUCAGCGGCACUUUCCUUGCCCUCAGCCCGCGCACCUUCGCCACGUGUCCCAAUCCGUGGCUUCCGAAGAGCUUCACUACUCUCCAUGCUACGUGCGACAGGCCAUGUCCCCAUUUCUGCUCAGCCUGGCACAGCAGAGCUGGAGAAAUUGCUGAGCAUGGAAGAAAUCAGGAACAAGGCGGAUAGGCCGGUUGUAGUUUUCCCCGAGUGCACUACCAGCAACGGCAGAGGCCUUCUCAGAUUUGCGGAGAUAUUCCGAGAGGUGAAGGUUCCCGUGACCAAGUUUAACGUAUUCGUGAUGUGUGUACGGUAUGAUCCGCCAACUGCCCUGCAGCCUACUUUGACACACUCCAUACCCUCCACUGUCAUCAAUCCGCUCCCGCACCUCCUUACUCUUGCAAUGUCCCUUGCUCCUCUCACCGUCUCUAUCCGACUCCUCGCACCUUCCGAAUCGCCCAGCUCAAGAGCAUUCCUCGCCAGCGAGUAUGUCACCGGAGAACAACCCGUUGAUCUUUUGUCAGAAGCCUGUACGUCCUUAAUAGCGCAUACUGGGAAAAUGAAGAGACUGGGGAUGGGAUGGGAGGACAAGGUCGCAUUUCUUGACUUUUACAACGGGAAGAAAAAAUAG